AUGGAUUAUAUAAGAUAAAAAGUGUCAGGCAAAAAAAAUCGUUUAAAAGAAGGCAAUUUUAAUUUGGAUUUAACAUACAUCACAUAAAGAAUAAUCGCAAUGAGUCUCCCUGGAGAAGGUUUUGAAGGACUCUAUCGCAAUCCUAUCGAUUAAGUAGCUUAAUACUUGAAUGAAAGACACAAAGAAGAUUAUUUCAUUUUUAAUCUGAGUGGCAAAAAUUAUGAUGAAUCAAAAUUCAAAGGAUUAGUCUUUAAGGAUUAUUUUUGGAAGGAUCAUCAUUCUCCAUCUUUAAAUGUCCUUUUCGACAUUUGCCUAUAAAUUCAUAAUAUUUUGAAGGCUAACGAAGAGAAUGUGGUAGUAAUCCAUUGCUUAGCUGGAAAAGGGAGAACUGGAACAGUUAUUUGCUGCUAUCUAUUAUAUUCUGGUAGAUUUGAUAAUGUGACUGAUGCUCUUAGUUAUUAUGGGAAGAAGAGAUUUCAUGGAGAAGGUUUAAGUGUAAAUUAGCCAUGUCAACUCAAAUACAUUGAAUAUUUCUAUACAUUACUUAAUAUGAAUACAAGGAUAUUCCCUAAUCUCAUCCAAAUUUAAUCAAUUUCCUUUUUCGGAAGAUCUCCGUAAAUGAAUAUUAAUGGGUAGUGCUAUCCUUAUGUAGAGAUUAUUGAUGUUAAAAAGGAUUCCAUAUUGUAUUCAACCAAAUAAAUGUGCAAAAAAUAUGCAGGUUAAAAUCAUCGAAUUAUUUUGCCAAAUUAAAUUCCAUUAGUUGCAGAUAUUCUUAUUAAUGUGAAGAAUUAUGGAACCUUAUCAGAUUCAAAAAUGUUUAGAUUCUCUUUUAACACAGCUUUCAUUGAAAAACAUGUCACCUAUUAAUUAAAUGAAUUGGAUCCGACUUAAAUUUAAGACGAUCAGCGAUUUGAUAAAUAGUUCAGAGUUGAAUUAGAGAUCGAAAAAUGUAGAAAUUGCUCCAAUCUAACUACCAUAGAAUAGAAAUGUCAAAUAUGUAAACCACACUUAAUUGAGCAUCAAGAGACAUGGAGUAGAAUAAAUGAAAUCAUUAACAGAUACGUUAAACCUACUGAAAGUUAAACAACAAAAUUACUAUUCAGAACUAAAUAAAAUGAUGAUGUAGAAGCCAUACUCAAAGAUGAAGUCUUAGAAUUAACUAAUUCAUUGUAUUUUAAAAUGUAGUUAAGAGAACAAUAAUUUACAUUUUAUUUGAUAGAAAUAAUUUUGUUUAAAUUCUUGUAUUUUAAGAGAAAAUAUUAACUAAGUCGCAGUAGCUGUUCAAUAUAUAUCCUGUUAUUACUUUCAGGGAUGAAUGCAGUCUCUCAAUGCAAACAUAUAUCAAAUUUCUAUUAAUAUUUAUGCUUACUACCAAGAAGUCAUAAUCUUGGAUCUGAAAUUCUAUAAUAGAAAGAUGAACUAUAGAGGAAGAGAUUGUUGAAGCCUUAUUCUAAGACAUUGUCUAUAGUUAAUCAAAAAUCUAAAUAUCAAAAAGAAUAAUGA